AACAGGCUCGAAGAAGAAGAGAAGCCUCAGUGGCGCCGCGCAACCCGUCGGCACCGAUUCUUAUUUAUGGGUUUUCAUUUAUUUAUUUACACAAUAAUAAUUACCUCGGUGCCUCUUUGCACUGUGUUUUAAUAGUUGUACAUUUAAAAUCAAAGUAAUUAUGUCAUCGUGAUAAAAAUGACACCAUCAGCAGCUUCUGUAUGAUAAACAGUUACUUCAGUAUAACUAGGAGAGUAGUAACAGCACUUGCCGCAGCAGUGGUGAUGGUCGUUACAAAGUGACUCGGGGUUGUUGGAGUUUUUAAAUACGAAUAAAAAAGGUCACAUGCGUUUAGUGGGUGUACGAUUACCAUGAAACCAAGGGGUCUUGUGUUGAGGAAACAGUCUCGUCGAAUUAUUAUCGAGUCAUCUGGCUCCUCAGCAUUAUCAUCAUCAUCAUCAUCAAGUACUAAAGAGGAGAACGAAGACGCAGCGAUGUUUAAAGAGCGUCGCUUACGCGUCACUUGUUAUAUCUGAAUUAUUUUUAUUUAGUAUUAAAUACAUAUUUCUUCAUCAGUGAUUUUAUUUUCUUGAGUUAUUUUUGCGUGUCGCUCCUGAAUUGUAAGAAAAUAAAUAAAUAUUAGUUAUUUUUAUUUAAUUUAAAAUAACUAACUCGAUAAAGUAAUUGACGAAUUAAUAAAUAAUUAAUUUAAAUGAAAUAAUAAAAUAAAAUAUAAAAAUUUUAAAAAUUACCAAGAAGAUAAUGAGUGAAUAGUGUCCACUGCCUGGGAGCGUAUGCUGCGCAUACCCCAACAACCCACGUGAAAAAUAAAAUGGCAACCCAUGAAAAGAGUACUCCGUGUGUUUUGACACUGGUGUUGUUAUUGUUUGCGAGUGAUGUACUGCAUUGCGCAGCACGCUCGUACGACGACACCAGACGACUGGGCUCCUCCGGAGAUGAUAAUAAUGAUGGCUCGAUGAUCCAAGUACUGCCAAUGCACGGGCCCAGCGCUGAUAAUCAUGAUCUUCCUCAGGAUUUGGGAAAACCGUAUCCUGGGAAGAGCUUCGGACCCAUGGGACCCAUCGAUCGCACUUUCCUCGACGAAUCGCUUCGCAACCUAGAGAGCGGUGACGACGGUGGUAUUGUCGGUGGUGAUAAUGCUAAUUCUAAUCAAAAUUCAAAUGGGAAUGCUAAUGUUGGUGGGCACGCCAAGAAGCGAGAGUACAAAGUAUUUAGCGUUGAGUUUCAUCGAGUUGAAACACCGUUCAUUAUUGGGAUCUGGAUAUUCUUCGCCAGCCUUGCUAAGAUUGGUUUUCACAUGGCACCUAAAUUCAGCAAGAUGUUUCCCGAAUCCUGUCUACUUAUUGUCGUGGGAGUUGUUAUUGGUGUCCUGCUGUUCCAUGCAAGCAGCGUACAUGUAUCACCACUUACACCGGAUACAUUCUUCCUCUAUAUGCUUCCUCCUAUAAUACUUGAUGCUGGUUAUUUUAUGCCCAACCGAUUGUUCUUCGACCACUUGGGAACCAUCUUGUUAUUUGCUGUUAUUGGAACUAUAUUCAAUACUCUGUCGAUAGGUGCAACACUCUGGGUUUUAGGAAAGAGUGGUCUUUUUGGUUUUACAACACCACUUCUCGACAUGUUCCUUUUUUCUGCACUAAUAAGCGCCGUUGAUCCAGUCGCAGUGCUUGCUGUCUUUGAAGAAAUUCACGUCAAUGAAAUUCUUUACAUCGUUGUCUUUGGAGAAAGCUUAUUAAAUGAUGCUGUCACUGUUGUGUUGUACCAUAUGUUUGAAACAUACAGCGAAAUGGGUCCAUCAAGAAUAACAUACAUGGAUCUACUAUCAGGACUAGGAUCGUUUUUAGUAGUAGCCAUCGGCGGAACAAUAAUUGGUGUAAUAUGGGGCUUAGCUACCGGGUUCGUAACACGUUUUACCAAUCAAGUACGCGUGAUCGAGCCCAUCUUUAUCUUCGUCAUGGCCUAUCUGGCUUACCUUAAUGCUGAGAUAUUUCACAUGUCUGGAAUCCUCGCCAUUACUUUCUGCGGUAUAACCAUGAAGAACUACGUUGAAGCUAAUAUCUCCCACAAAUCUCACACCACUGUCAAAUACACUAUGAAGAUGCUGUCAAGUAGCUCUGAGACAAUUAUAUUUAUGUUUCUGGGUGUUGCGACAGUAAAUAACAGGCAUGAUUGGAAUACGUGGUUUGUCGUUAUGACUAUUGUACUGUGUUCAGUCUAUCGGAUUGUCGGCGUAAUGGUACUCACGGCAGUGGCUAAUCGAUUCCGGCUGCAUAAACUGGACAAGGUAGAAAAGUUCGUGAUGUCGUACGGAGGGUUGCGUGGGGCCGUGGCAUUCGCCUUGGUUCUUCUCAUCGACCCGAAACACGUGCCUCUGCAGCCAAUGUUUGUAACAACAACUAUCGCCGUAAUUUAUUUCACUGUUUUCAUUCAGGGUAUAACAAUUAAGCCAUUGGUAAAAAUAUUAAAUGUUAAAAGAGCUGAGAGACGGAAACCGACCAUGAAUGAAAGGAUACAUGAGAGAAUUAUGGAUCAUAUAAUGGCUGGUGUCGAGGACAUUCUCGGAAAACACGGAAAUUAUCAUUUAAGGGAUAAAUUCAAAAGGUUCGAUAAUAAAUUUAUACGUCCGUACUUGGUGCGAAAUCAUUACGGUGCUGAGCCAAAAAUAUUGGAAACAUAUUCUAAGCUCGCGAUGAAAGAUGCAAUGGAUUACAUAAGAAGAAAUGCCUCAACAAUUGGAAAUAUAAGCGGGACUGAGAGCAUGUCGGCGAUAUUCCGAAACUACAGCAAUCCUGGACAAUUUAAUUCAAGGUGGGCAGUCCAGAAGAAAUUGAAAAUAAGUCAACACCGUGUGACACCGUUAUUAGCUAAGGGAAGUACAUGUUCCAGUAAUUUUCCUUUUGUUCAUUCAAGUCCAAGUUGCAGUCAACUCGAGGCUGGGUGGAACAUUGACCUGCAGGAACUCGAGUACUACCCCUCAAAGAAAGACUUGACAGACGCUAAGAUCCAUCACUUGCUUGCUGAAGAACUCUGCAAGCCGUACAAACGGACUUACGUGUUUCAGCAUCGCCGACUGAGCUAUAGUCGUCACGCAGUUAACGAUCGUGAUUUAUCAACACAAGUCAAUUAUAAAAUGCACAUGAACAUUCGUCGGAUGAUGGGUGAGCACAAACACCGACACAAACGCAGUAAAAAAAUACUCAAGGACGGUAGUAAGCAAAAUCACGUGAGUUUUCCUGAGCUUCAGCAACAAAAUGGUUCAACCAAGCUUUUUUCUCCAGAUUAUAUAGAUGGUGAUUUGUACAAACUUGAAGACGAAGAAGAAGAUAAACCAACACGUGAUCCAGACUGGGAUUCAGCGAUUACUUUUACAGCUCGAACUUCAGAUUCUAAUCAAUACGGUGAGGGUUCACGAUGUGAUAAUGGCCAUAGUGAUGAUGAUACUGAUGACGAUGACAACACAGAAUGCGGGAUGAUGCGACGACAUCGUGGUGAAUCUGAAGGUGAGUCAUUUCGAGUAACAACACCAACGGCCACUGAAACAAUGUUACCAUGGAAACGCGAGGACGAUUAUGAAGAUUCUGCAAGGCCGGUUAAGCAAAAUGAAUUUCCGGCUUGGUGUUCUAACAAAGAAUACCUGGCUUACAGCUCACCGUCAGCGACAUUUCUGGGUGGAAUUGAGCAACCAAAAGUACAAUCCGUUAUUGGUCUCUUUCGUAAAGAUAGCGGUGGAAGUCCAGACCUCGCGGGUUACCGGGAUCUGGAUGAGAGUGAUGAAUUCGCGGGGAUGGGUUUUACAAAUGGAACUUUUUCACCGAGAACUUCAGAUAAAUUGAGUAAAGUUAAACGACGAGGAUCAAUGAUGGAGCUAAGUUCUGCAGAGUCAAUACACAAAGAAAAAGUAAAUAACAAUGGCUCGCAUUCGUUGCCAGAGUACUGGAACUCACAAAGGUUACGUCUACAACAAUCCCAAACAACUUUUCCAUGUUCAACGGCAAAUGCUCCGAGUUUAUCGACAGCACUUAUAUCCUCGUCUACAGAAUCGUCCGAGGAUUAUGAAGAGGAUUGACCGUGGAUAGAACUGACGUCUUCUUCCUACGAGGAACGUCCACACCGAGAAAGUGACCUUUGUUCGGUUCUGUCGGGAUUAUUCCGCCGGCCGAGUGCUCCUGUCUAAAUAAAAUUAAAUUAAUAAAACAAAAUAAACAACAACAAACAAACAAACAAACCAAAAAAAAAAAUAAAAAAAGACAAAGCCACACAGAUGAAUAUUUUUUCACAUUGCGGACUCGCGGGAACUUUUAAAACACUGCUGACUAAAAAAUAAAUAUAAAUAAAAAAAAAAAUGAAAAAUAACUAAUAAAAAGGAGAAAAAAUCAAGUAACUCGAUGCAGUAAACGUUUAAUGAGAAUUUACUUAAUUUAAUUAACGCCGUAAUUAAACGAGGUUUUUUUUAAACUUUGAAUAAUAUAAAAUAAAACGCGAAUAACUUUUAUUUUGCAUUGGAAUUGUAAAAAGAACUAAUUAAUUAACAAAUGGAAUUUUAUUUAAUGAUAUUAAAUUUAAUUAUCGAGCGAAGUAUAUGGAUUUUAAGUUUUAAUAAAAGUUUGUCAGUUUGUAUAAUAAUAAUUUUAAAAUAAUGACGCUGUGGACCGCUUUGACAUGGGUGCCUUCUAUACAAACACGCUGUUUGAUUAAUGAAGUUCACUAUUAGGACAAUGAUGGCAACGACUGUAACUAAAUGAUAAUACUCGAUAAAAUAAAAGUAGGUAAUGCUGAAUAAGUUGAUGGAAAGAAGCUAAAUUUGCUCUGAGAGCACAGAAUGAAAAUGACCGAAAGCCAUAUCAUACAAUUAAAAAAAAAAAAAAAAAAAAAAAAAAAAAAAAAUGGUGUAACAUUUAUUAGACUUGGAUCAAUAAAUAAUAAGGCUUCGGUUUGAAUUUUCUAAUACCUCUCACAUCGCCCGGAUAACGUCAGUUAUAUUUUUAGUCAAUUUUAGGAUUAAAUAAGUGUAUCACUCAAUGGUACAAUUAAGACAAACAUUGAAUAAUAAAAAGAGUACAACAAGUUGGUUAAUUUUCCUGGGUAAAUUAGUAGGAAAUUUAAAGCAGCCAAUUUGAUGAAAAAGAUUUAAAAACGAAUUGUGUAAUAAUUGUAAUUAUUUAUUGUUUAUUGUCAACGACGGUGUCUCGUGUGGGAGCGGUCGUGUGUGACUGAGUGAACGGAUUUAAAUUGUAGAUAAUAUAAAUAAAUUAAAAUUGAAAAUGAUAAGUUAAAAUAAUAAAAAAGUAAAUAGUGAAAUUUAGACUACACCAUCAGUGACUAGAAUCUGCUGGAGAUAUCUUUACGCUGUUGAUUUGUUAAAUAAAUGUUUUAUUUCAUAA